GCAGGAAUAAUCGCUGAAGAAACUAUUUCAACCAUCAGAACUGCUGUAGCUUUUGGUACUCAAAAGGAACUAUCUAACCUUUACGAUUCUUACUUAGCUGAUGCAAGAAAAGAAGGGAUUAAAAAAUCUUUGUUUAAUGGUUUUGCUAUUGGCAUAAUGUACUUUUGCAUCGCUGCAACUCAUGGUUUAGCAUUCUGGUAUGCUUCCACAUUGAUUAUUAAUAAUGAACUAUCUCCCGGACAAGCCAUCAAUUUAUUCUUAACGUUUUUAUAUGGCACUUUCUGCCUUACCUAUUUUUUUGUCGACAUUCAAGCUCUUAACCUUGCUGCUGGUGCUGGUUCAAAAAUAUUUGGAACUAUUGAUCGUGUUCCUUCGAUUGAUAUUGCUUCUGAUACCGGAGAUAAGCCUGAAAAUGUUGUGGGUUAUAUUCAACUUAAAAAUAUAAAUUUCGUUUAUCCGGCUCGCCCUGAUGUUAAGACUUUGAAUGAUGUAUCAUUUGAUGUUGAACCCGGCUCUACUGUUGCUCUUGUUGGUUCCUCAGGUUCUGGUAAAAGUACGAUUAUGUCUCUCAUACUUCGCUUCUAUGAUCCUAUAUCUGGUGGUGUAUUUCUUGACGGACGUGAUAUUAAAUUUCUUAAUUUAACUUGGCUUAGAAGACAAAUAAGUUUUGUAAGUCAAGAGCCUGUACUUUUUAAAGCUACUAUAGCUGAAAAUGUAUCUUAUGGAUUGGUCAGUUCUAUUUAUGAAAAUCUAUCUGACAAUGAAAAACGUGAAAUGAUUGAAAAUGCCUGUAAGAUGGCUAAUGCUCACGACUUUAUUAUGAAUUUUCCUGAUAAAUAUGAAACUAUGGUUGGUGAACGUGGAGCUUUAUUGUCGGGCGGUCAAAAACAAC